AUGAUAGCUUUGGGGUUUGAGGGUUCAGCGAACAAGAUUGGUGUUGGUGUAGUAACCUUAGAUGGCACUAUCCUGUCAAACCCACGCCACACAUACAUAACUCCUCCUGGUCAAGGCUUUCUCCCCAGAGAGACUGCACAACACCAUCUCCAGCAUGUUCUUCCCCUCGUCAAAUCCGCUUUGGAAACCGCAAAACUCACUCCUCAGGACAUUGACUGCCUCUGCUACACAAAGGGUCCUGGCAUGGGAGCUCCUCUGCAAGUCUCUGCUAUUGUUGUUCGUGUGCUCUCACAGCUUUGGAAGAAGCCAAUUGUUGCUGUUAAUCACUGUGUCGCACACAUUGAGAUGGGAAGGAUUGUAACCGGCGCUGAUGACCCUGUUGUCUUGUAUGUCAGUGGUGGCAACACUCAGGUCAUUGCUUACAGCGAGGGGCGUUAUAGAAUUUUUGGAGAGACCAUUGACAUUGCUGUGGGAAAUUGCUUGGAUCGCUUUGCAAGGGUCUUGACUCUUUCCAAUGAUCCAAGCCCCGGGUAUAACAUUGAGCAGCUUGCAAAAAAAGGAGAGAAGUUUAUAGACCUCCCUUAUGUUGUCAAAGGGAUGGAUGUAUCUUUUAGUGGUAUAUUGAGCUAUAUUGAAGCAACUGCUGUUGAAAAGCUAAAGAAUAAUGAGUGCACGCCUGCAGAUUUGUGCUACUCACUGCAGGAGACACUGUUUGCAAUGCUUGUGGAGAUAACGGAGCGGGCUAUGGCUCAUUGUGACACAAAAGAUGUUCUUAUAGUUGGUGGUGUAGGUUGCAAUGAACGGUUGCAAGAGAUGAUGAGAAUCAUGUGCUCUGAACGUGGUGGAAGAUUGUUUGCUACUGAUGAUAGGUAUUGCAUUGACAAUGGAGCAAUGAUAGCUUAUACUGGUCUCCUUGAAUUUGCUCAUGGUGCAUCGACACCACUAGAGGAUUCUACAUUCACCCAGCGGUUUCGGACAGAUGAAGUGAGAGCAAUAUGGAGAGAAGCAAAUUUGGAAAAAUUGAAUGGGCUUGCAGAGAAGAGCAUUUGA